CCCCCCACCCCACCCCCGCCAGGGCUGCUUCCUUGCCAUUAGAGGCCCGUCUCUUUGAAGGGGCCAAGACGAGGGACCCCUGAUCCGCAGGACGGGAACCGCAGCAGGCCGAGGGAGCAGCUGGUCAGAACCCGCACGGCUUGGGAGAGGUGGGCGGCGGGUGAGCAGGGGAUCGGGCCCCCGCGGAGGCCCCUCCAGUCCAGCCUCCCGUUUCCCACAGUGGCCCACCAGAUGCCGCCUCUGGGGAGCAGCCCGCAGGCAAGAGGUCUGUGCCUGCCCUCCCUCCUGCUGCUGCUGCUGCGGCUCCCCUGCUGGAGGUGGCCCACAGGUACCAGACCAGUAGCCAUGGAUCGCCCUGCCCUCCCUGAAUCUGUCUGAGCCCCUUUGUAAAGCCACCCAAGCUUGAGGGCAUCACCACAUCCCGUGGCAGAGAGUUCCACAGAUGACUUCUGCGCUGUGUGGGAAAGUCUUUCCUGUUCUUGGCCCUACAUUCCCCGACCUUCCGUUUCACGGGGUGACCCCUGGCUCUCCUGCGGUGAGACAGAGAGAACAUUUCCUCUCUCUCUCUCUCUCCACAGCAGGCAUCCUCGGCCAGGUCUCUGUCCUAAGCGGAGAAGCCCCAGGUCUUGUGGCCUCGCCAGGAAGGUGCUCCAGGAGGCCCCUGCUCAGAGAUGUCUGCCCCACAGCACAGCUCACACACACACACACUGCAGAGCACCCAAGGAAGCCUGCCACAGGGCGGUGGCCGGUGGGCCCAUCUCACCCAGCCUUUGGCCACCCAGGCGGGGGCUGGCCAGACCUCCAAGAGCAAGCUGGGCAUGAGGUUGGGGCUGGGGGGGGGGGCUUCUCCGCUGCCUCUCUGGAAAUAAACAGCCAGCUGCCCAGGGCCCCUCCGAGGGAGCUCGGGCUGGGCCCAGCUGGGGCCCACAGCUGCUGGGGUUGCCCUCCUGGCUGCUGAGCAGGCCUCCGCCUCCUCCUGGGCUCAAGCCCAGACCUGCCGCUGCCUCCCUGCCCCUCCAGCGCCACACCCUGCCGCUUCCCUGCAGCAGCCUCUGGGUGCUCCAGCUCCCCCCACCCUGAAGGGAAACAGCUGCAGCCGGGGCAGAGGAGCAGCCGGGCAAGCUGGGCGCAGGGAGCCCCCCCCCCGAAGGAAGGCAGGCGGAGAAGAGCCUGCCAGGCUGCCGGGGCCUGGGGCGGGCGGGGCGGCCUUGGCCUUCCAGAAUCCCGGCCGGGGCCCAGACCUGCCGCCAGGAGGGCUGCUUGCUGAGCCCAGCGGGCGGGGGGGAGCCAUGCGCACCAACCAGGCCGCCAAGCACACGCUCUUCGCCUCCUGCUUUCUCUUCUGGGUGAGUCGAGGCCGCUGCCGCUGCCGUGCCAGGUGUGUGGCUGCCAGGCUGGGGAUGCCAGGAGGAGGUGAGGCAUUGCCAGGGCAUGCCGGAGAAGCCUCUGUGUCAGUGGGGAAGCGGCUGCCAAGCAGCGGCAGUGCCCGAGGGCCUGGAGCCUGCUGGGCUGGGUGGCCAAGUCCUCCGUCAGUCAGGCGGCCGCGGAGGGACCAGACGGGGGUCAGGCGCCAGCAGGGCCAGACGGGGGUUGCCCCCCCCCGAGUUCUGGAACUGGGCUGUGCUCCUGCCCCUCCAGGUAGCCAGCGGACUCAUGGUGGCCGUCGGAAUAUACGCCCGGCUCUCCAAGGAAUCGGCCGCCCGCCCUGGCUCCUCCCUGCCGUUCCUCCUGGCGCUUGGCCCUGGGCCCGCCUGCCCUCUCAGCCUCCCCCCCCCAGGCCUCCAACUGCUGCCUGCCUGCCUGCCUGCCUCCCCACAGGUGCUGUGGACUCCCUGCUGGCUGAGCCCUCCACCAUCCUGCUGGCCGUGGGGAUCCUGAUGUUCAGCGUCACCUUUGUGGGGUGCCUGGGGGCCCUGCGCGACCUCCCUCUGCUGCUGAAGAUGUUCGCCUGGAUGCUGCUCAUCAUUUUCAUCCUGCAAGUUCUGGCUGCAUUGCUGGGCUUCCUCUUCUCGGGCAGGGUGAUGGAGAAAGCCUCGCUCCUGAUGGGCCGCGCCGUCUCCCACUAUCGCGACAACCUGGACUUGCAGAACCUCAUUGACUACAUCCAGAGGAAGUUUGAGUGCUGCGGGGUCCACUCCUACAAGGACUGGUCCCGGAACGUGUACUUUGACUGCCGGGACUCCAACCCCAGCCUGGAGCGAUGUGCGGUGCCCUUCUCUUGCUGCCUGCUGCAGGGCAAGGAGCCCACCCUCAACACCAUGUGUGGCUAUGGGGCGCAGAGCCUGCAGGCCUGGCGGGCAGAGAGCCGGGUGCACACCGAGGGCUGCCUGGAGAAGACGGUGCGCUGGGGGCAGAGCAACCUGCUGGUGGUGGCCGGCCUGGCUUCCGGGCUGCUGGCCCUGGAGAUCACGGUCUUCUCCUUGGCAGUGAUGCUCAUCUACCAGAUUGACUUCAUCAUCCAGAAGCGCAGGAGCACCAAGAGGAAGGCAUCAGGGGGGAGGAGGAAGAGGAGGAGGGCAGGCUGCCCUGAGGAGGGAGCCGGAGCUGGGCAAGUCGCAGGAGGCGGGACGUGCAGACAUACCAAGACGUAGGCAGCCCUUGGCCGGGGGUGGGAUGGGGGCACCGUCUGCCGCCGCUCCGCCUUGGCCCCUUUCUGGGUCCGGCUGUGGUAGAAAAAGGAGGAAGUCAGGAUUGCAUGUCUGGCAAGAGACAAUGACCCAUUGUGGUGACAUCUUCAAUGUGUUGGCGGCGGGGAUGGGCUGGAUGAGGGAUAGCAAACUGAGACUGAAUCCAGAUAGGAUGGAAGUACUUAUUGUGCAGGGUCAGAACUUGGGAGACGAUUUUGAUCUGCCUGUCCUGGAUGGGAUCACACUUCCUCAGAAGGAACAGGUAUGCAGUCAGGGGGUGCUUCUGGAUCAGGCCAAGGCAGUGGCCAGAGGUGCUUUCUAUCAGCUUCAGCCGCUACGCCAGCUGCGUCCAUUUCUUGAGAUAAACAACCUCAAAAUAGUGGUACGUCUGCUGGUCACCUCCAGACCUGACUACUGCAAUGCACUCUACGUGGGGCUGCCUUUGUACGUGAUCCAGUAACUGCAGUUGGUCCAGAAUGCAGCAGCCAGGCUGGUCUCUGGGUCAUCCCGAACACACCAUAUCACUCCUUUACUAAAAGAGCUACAAUGGCUACCAAUAAGUUUCCAGGAGAAGAACAAGGUGCUGCUAUUAUAAAACUCUAAACAGCUUAGGCCCUGGGUAUUUACGAGAACGUCGUCUACAUCAGGAGCCCCACCGCCCAUUGAGAUCAUCUGGAGAGGUCCAUCUGCAGUUGCCACCACCGGCUUGUCUGGUGGCUACUCGGGGACAGACCUUCUCUGUUGCCACCCCGAGACUCUGCAAGGCACUCCCUGCAAAAAUAAGAGCCUCCCCAUUGCUGACAACUGUUUUAAAGUCUCUAAAGGUUUGUUUUCUUCACUCAAGGACUGUGGUUUUAAAUUGUUUUAAGGCU